AGGGGGGAAAAAAUCAGUGGAACUCAGAGCGAGUCUCCUCUCUGAGAAAAACGGCGUCAAGUUUUGACUCUAACGAGAGUAAACUCAUUAAAGAAACCGGGUGACGGGUAUAUUUUAGCUCGUGUGUCCGUUUUCUUUUUCACUGUAAGCGUGUGUGGCUGUUUUCGAUACUUUUAACUGGUGGUUUGUAACGCGACGUCCAGCCGCCUGGGAUUGUCUCUCAUCUCGAAGUUCCCAAGAUGAACUUCGGUCCGGUGGUCGGGAAACUUUGUGUGUUGUUGGCGGCGCUCUUUAUCGGCUUUGUUUGCCAAGCAGCUGAGCCUCCAGCACCGCAGUGGUCCAGCGAUGAAUACAGAAACCUCACCGUUCGACGACAUAGAACAUGUGUCGAGAAUGAACAAUAUCUCCACCAAGGACUCUGCUGCCAGAAUUGCAAGGCUGGAACCUUUGUGCAGAAGGGCUGUGAAAGAGACCAAGAGCAGGGGACCUGUCUUUCUUGUGAGCAUGGACAGACCUACACUGAGCACUCCAAUGGGAUGAACCGCUGUUUGCCGUGUACCCACUGUCGCUUAGAUGAGAUUGAAACUGCAGCCUGCACCACAACUGCAGACACCAGGUGCCAGUGCAGACCAGGUACCUUCUGUGUUCCAGAUCAGGCCUGUGAAGUCUGCAAACGCUGUGCCAAGUGUAAAUCAGGGGAGGAGGAGGUGAAGAAGUGCACCCACUUUUCGAACACUGUGUGUCAGAAACGGAAUCCAUCUCCUACCGAAACCACUCCAGCUCCUCCCUCGCCGACCCCGACUCCUGCAGGAGACAUUGUUACUCCUAUAUGCAUUUUCCUGGUCAUCGUCGUCGUUCUCCUUGCUGCACUGGCUGUGUGGUGGUUCUUUUUUAAGCAGCAUACAUGUGAAAUACCAUGUUUAAAGAGCCCCUGUGACUCCAGUGAAAUUGUGAAGAUUCCCAUAGAUGAGAAUGGAGCCACAGCAGAAGAGAGACAGAAUAAUCAGAACGCAGGCUUGGAGGGCGAGGAGUCCCGUCCAGAGUCACGGCCGCUGCUGCAGGAGACCCAGCCUGGGAUGACCAAGUCCUCUCCCCUCGAGGACGAGGACCGAGGACUAGGGGACAGUUUGCCCAACACGACUAGUUCGUCACAGACCAGCCUGUCAGCUCUGCCCACUGCAGCUUCCUCUGGUAACACCCCACACCAGAGCCCUACUGCCGUCAGACCGCAGCCUGCAGACAUGGAUGAUCCUCUGCGACAUCGAUUGGUGCCACUACAAGGAUCAGAAAAAUCCCUAAGAAAGAGCUUUGAUUUGUUCGACGAGUACCUGGACGUGCGGAUCCACAACAAGUUCUUCAGAAUGAUUGGAGUCAGUGACAACCACAUUCGCAUCGCAGAGAACGGCGCCCCCGCUGAUAAAGUGUAUGAACUGCUGAAGAACUGGAUGCAGAGGCAGGGACUAAAAGCUGACAUCAACGACCUGCUGGAGGCUUUGCUAAGUAUGGACCAGCGACGCUCGGCCGAGAGCAUCGCCUCCACGGCCCUCAGAAGGGGCUUCUACAAGCACGCAGACACACCCUGAAAGCACCGUGGACUGCAAAUGAAGUAAACACAAGAAAAACUAAAAGCACACAGACACUGUCGGUGGACACCGUGUCUCAUGAACAGGCUUACCUCUUUGUGGCUGACCAGCCAUGUAUUCAAAAGCCAGUAGUUUUAAAAAGAAAAACAAAAAGGGGAAAGUCAAGCUGUAUUGAUAAGUGGUGUGUGGAUGUUGACUACUUGCUAAAUGCUGAUGGGUAGUAAUGAGAACUGAGAGAAAGUUUUGCAGUCAGAUUCAACAUUACCACCAAAGACGACAACAUUUUCAAAAAGCAGAAAAACAUGAAGGUGCCAACUCUCGCAGGCAGAAAUGGCUGCAGGUUUUAAGCUCUAGAAAAGCAACGUGCAGCAUAAUACUGAAAACUUAGACGUCUCCAGCUGUGUGUCACUCAUCUGGUCUUUUCCCCAGAUCGUAAUAUGUUGCCCGGAGACAAGAUAUACACUGGUUUGUAGGAGUGGCAUUAGAUAUGUCACUAAUACUGUGCCUCUUUGAUGCACUGACCUCAGGCACAUGUAGGAUUUAAAACAACAGUCAUGCUAUAUUUGUUGUUUUGUAGAUUUAGGCUUCUCUGACCCAAUAUAUGUCCGCUCAUGAUUCUUUUCCUGACUAAUUGUAGGAGAAUCUUGUCCAUUUGUUACAACAAACUUUUACUAAUCACAGACUUUACCUCUUCGACGCUGUCUGAUAAUCUUUUGUUAUGUAGGUAUCAUUUUUUUCAUUGCAGUUUCAUUAUGUUCCUUGAGCAUGGUGAUUCAAAAAUGUUGUCGCUUUUGUACAAUCUAGUCACAUCAAAAAUGUUUUCAAUCUCGUAUAUGUUCAGUGUUACACACGACAUUGUAGAAGGAAUUUCUCCAACUGUUUCUGUUGGGACAGCAGUUAAUUGUUUAGUAAAAUGUUUCCUUGUAACUUGGAGAACUUCAAAGGUCAUUUUAUUUAUUGACAUAUUUAUUUUAAUGAAUAAUAAUUAUCUCUCAUUAUUUAUACCAUUGUCAAAACCACCCUAGAAUACACACCCGCACACACACACUCUUUGUGUUGUGUCAGUUAACAGGGCAAAAUGACUGAGAUCAGAUUUUUCAAGUUGUAAUUGUGGUGUUUUGUUCAGCUGUUCCUGCUUGCUGCGCUGACUUCAGCGCGACACUCCGGUCCACACGGUCAGCGUGUCGGUGAUUUUAUGUGCCUUUUCUUCACAUUUACAGUUUCACCACAGUGUUGACGCUUCAGUGAUGCCUUAAUGCAGAAUGUGUCCUCACAAUUUGGACUUAAAGUGACUUAGAAACUAAGGAGUCUGAUCAUUUUAGUGAACCGACUGACCAACAGUACACGUCAGAGGUUACAUGGGGUGCAGGUACGGAUUGUUUUGUCUUGAUUAGACUCAGACAAGAUGAAGGAAACCUUUUCUGGAUUUUAGAAGAAGCCCAAAUUUUAUUCCCAAGAUUUUCUCCCUUGUACAUAUACAGAAUAUGUCCAGAGAGCAUACAAGCCUUACAAAGUGUGUUUGUAUAUAUGCAGCUAUGUUAACAACCCAAAAUAAAUAUAGUGAGGUAUGAAGUUAUUGAAGAUAACAGAAACAUCAGCCAGAGUGGUUGUUGCUGAUGUUGUGAAAUUUAGAACUAGAGUUUUUUUGGUUUUUUUGCCCGUUUUUCUGCAGUCUCUUAUGUAUAAAGGACAGAGUUAUAUAUUGUUGCUGAAGAGUGAUGCUACAGUGCUGGCACUGCCAUCUAUUGACAGACAAUGAAAAUACAGCCUGCAUCAAUUUCUAGGGACCCUACACGCCCCUCUCAUUCUCCCUUUGUCUUUUUAGAUCACGUCCAUUUUUCAACUGACAGCAUCUUUUUCUUGUAAAAAUUCCUCUUUGCCUUUCCUGAAGUAGCAUAGCAGUGAAUAGGCUUCAGUGCAUGUUAUUUACUGUGUGUGUCAGAUCAUGUGAGUGUAUGUUUUUUUAAUAAUUCCUGUGUUUUUACAUAUUUCAUUGCAAGUCCUGAGCUGUUCAAUUAACUUCUUUUCACUCUCGUAAAUCCUUUCUGUCCAGCGUUAACAUUUCCUCCCUUAGUUAUUGUUUGCUUGUCAUGGAUUUCAGAUAUAAAUGAUGCAAAUACAUUGAAGAUGUUUUUAUGUAAAUUCCAAAUAAAUGUUUUGUACAGAU